CGGUCCGUGGCCUGCGGCGAGGCCCACGUGCUCGCCGUCGCCGAGGACGGGGCGCUCUACGCCUGGGGCUCGAACGCGCAGGGCCAGCUCGGGCUGGGGCCGUCGCAUUUCUUCGACUUCCGCGACGAGCGGCGGCCGACGCCCGUGGUCCCCUUCUGCGGCGGCGAUUUGCGGGUCGCCGUCGCCGCCUGCGGCGCGACGCACUCGGCCGUCGUCGACGAGCGCGGGGCCACGUGGACCUGGGGC